AUGACUCGGGCCGACUUCUGGAGUGAAAGCGGGUCCCAGGAGUCUGGGCGGACCGGCCUCGGUGCGCGUGCGCCGCUUUCAGCAGGGUCCCUGACCCGGCGCUCCGGUCCCGCGCCUGCGCUCUGGCGUCCGUGGGCGUGGCGGCAGCAUGGAGCUGGAGUCCAUACGAUACGAGCCCGGCUCCCUGCAGCUCGCGACGGUGCCACGGAGGAGGCGGUGCGGGAGAGAGUGAUCCGCCAUGCCGAGGACAUGCUGGAGAAGGACCUCAGGGACAACCACAGCAUCGGGGACCUGGGAGCCCACCACCUCCUGCAGCGAGCAGCCCCCAAGGGUGGCAAGGUGACUGUGCUGACCCACUGCAACACUGGUGCACUGGCCACCGCUGGCUACGGCACAGCCUUGGGCGUGAUCCGCUCCCUGCACCGGCUCGGCCGCCUAGAGCACGCCUUCUGCACAGAGACCCGGCCCUACAACCAGGGCGCGCGGCUGACAGCCUUCGAGCUGGUGUAUGAAGGCAUCUCCGCCACCCUCAUUGCCGACAGCAUGGCAGCUGCUGCCAUGGCCCACAGGGGUGUGUCAGCUGUCGUCGUGGGAGCCGACCGUGUGGUUGCCAAUGGAGAUACCGCCAACAAAGUGGGCACCUACCAGCUGGCCAUCGCCGCCAAGCACCAUGGCAUCCCCUUCUAUGUGGCCGCCCCUAGCUCCUCCUGUGACCUCCGCCUGAAAACUGGCCGGGACAUCGUCAUCGAGGAGCGGCCGGGCCAUGAGCUCACUGAUGUGAAUGGGAUCAGGAUUGCGGCAUCUGGGAUUGGGGUUUGGAAUCCUGCCUUCGAUGUCACCCCCCAUGACCUCAUCACCGGUGGCAUCAUCACAGAGCUGGGUGUCUUUGCCCCCGGGGAGCUCCAAGCAGCCCUGAGCACCAGCCUGUCAGGUGCAGGCACCUAGUUAGAACAAGCCACACUCCCCACCCACCUGCAUCUCUCGGGUUUCAGUAUAAGCUUAUUAAAUGGCAUGGCCAAAAGCUGAUCUUCCUCCCCCAGCCACAUUUUUUCCUGAGCAGGAAAAGUAGACAGGGCCUUGCAUGGCUCAUAAGGGCCUAGCAGGCCAGGCAUGGUGGUGUACAACUGUCAUCCCAACACUCGGGAGGCUGAAGCACAGGAUCACUGUGAGUUUGAGACCCUGUCUCAAAACACACGCACCCCAAAGCCACCCAGGUUCAGAUCCCGGCUCUACCUGUUUCUUCCCUGUAUGAUCUCAGGCAAGUCACUUCAUCUCUCUGUGCCUUGGCAAGUGUGGAAGCACACAUUUGUAAUCCCAGCACUCAGGAGGCUGAGGCAGGAGGAUCAAUGUGAGUUCAAAGCCAACU